AUGCAGCAAAUGAAGUUAAAUCCGGCGAUUUCUCGAAAUAAACCAGGAUGGAGGAUAAAGCACGAGGAGGAGCGUUUCCCCCCUCUCUACCUGAAAAUAGCUCCCUAUCCUGGUGGAUCUGAUUUAGACCUGCAACGCAGCAUUUUUCGAAACCCUCAUAAUGAGGAGCCCCGGAAGACAUGGGGAUUCGGAAGACAGAAUUUCUUUUCUUCUUCCUCCAGGGACCAAAAAGCCCCCGUGUUCAAGAAGAAGCCCGCCAUCCGGCAGGAGGAGGAUGGCGAGCGUCUUCUCUUCGAAUGCGUCAUCGAGGCCAACCCCGUCCCGACCAUUUCCUGGUUCCGAGACGAAAAGCCCGUCACAGAGACAGACAGGAUCAAGCUGAAAUGUGAUCGCAAAGGAAACGAAUCCCACUGUGCACUCGUUAUUGAUGACGUAGACGAAGACGAUGGCGGCAAAUACAAAGUUACAGCCAAGAACAAAUUGGGAGAGAGUAGUGCAACGAUCAACCUUAACUUCGACACCGAAGAAGAGGAAGAAGAAGUGGGUAAACCUGUGUUCGUCGGAAAGCCCCUCAUUAAACAAAGCCCCGACUUCAACAGUAUCAUAUUCGAAUGUCAGCUGACGGCCGAUCCCAAGCCCACGCUGCAAUGGUUCCACAACGGCAAGGCCAUAAACGAUGGCGGCCGGUACAAGUCCCUCAUCAAGCCAUCUGCAGCAGGAUUUGUGGUCACCCUCGAAGUAGCCCAAGUGAUGCCAGUAAAAAGGGGCAAGGCUCCCCGCUUUCCAAAGAAGCCCGCAAUCAAGCAGGAAGGAGACUCUUUGUGCCUGGAAGUGGUUCUAGAAGCACAUCCCUUCCCGAAAAUCCUCUGGUUCCUGGGCAACAAAGAAGUGAAGGAAGGACCCAGGCACAAAAUUAAGAAAAAGGAGGUUUCCAAAGAUACUUAUUUGUUGUCAUUAGAAAUUUUGGAUCCAGAGCCUGAAAAUGACGGUGGAACGUACCGCUGCAAUGCUGUCAACGAAUUAGGUGAAAGCAACGCCAAUAUUGCUUUAAAUCUUCAAGCCAUGAUUGGCAUGAGGGACGCUUUGAAAUAUGAUUGUAUGGUGAUCGAUACUUAG